GAUGAUCUGCAACUUGGCUGGUCACCAGGGAAGCUGGCCAGAGAAGGGAGACUGGGGAGUGAGAGCCUAGGAUCACCGGAAGAGAGACCCUGUGGGCCUCCCCUGCCAGCCACUCCCUCGCCCUCUGGUAUAAGAGCCACCCCCACCUGCCAUCUGCCACCAUUUCCCAUUCCACAGCUCUUCUCCAGGACAAGCCACCAGCCCAGCCUCUCAGGAUGGCCUUUGUCCCUGCACCGGGCUACCAGCCCACCUACAACCCGACUCUGCCAUACAACAAGCCCAUCCCGGGUGGUCUGAGCAUCGGGAUGUCCGUGUACAUCCAGGGAGUGGCUAGCGAUCACAUGAAGAGGUUCUUCGUGAACUUCGUGGUGGGGCAGGGCCCUGGGUCGGACAUCGCCUUCCACUUCAAUCCCCGCUUCGAUGGCUGGGACAAGGUGGUCUUCAACUCUCAGCAGAACGGCCAGUGGGGCAGCGAGGAGAGGAAGAAGAGCAUGCCCUUCCGCAAGGGCUCCCCCUUCGAGCUGGUCUUCAUGGUCUUGGCAGAGCACUACAAGGUGGUGGUAAACGGAAACCCCUUCUAUGAGUUCGGGCAUCGGCUGCCCCUCCAGAUGGUCACACACCUGCAAGUGGAUGGAGACCUGGAGCUCCAGUCAAUCAACUUCAUUGGAGGCCAGCCGCCCCCCAACCAGGUACCCAUGGCUAUCCCGGCUUACCCUGGUCACGUACAUCAGCACCAACAGCCGGCUGUUCUGCCCAACAUGGAGGGACCCCCAACCUUCAACCCGCCCGUGCCAUUUAUUGGGAGGCUUCAGGGGGGGCUGACAGCCCGAAGGACCAUCAUCAUCAAGGGCUACGUGCCCCCCACGGCCAAGAGCUUUAUCAUCAACUUCAAGGUGAGCUCCACCAGGGACACGGCACUGCACAUUAACCCCCGCAUGACCGAGAACGCCGUGGUUCGCAAUAGCCAUCUGAACGGCUCGUGGGGAUCGGAGGAGAGGAAGAUCUCCUACAACCCGUUUGGUCCCGGGCAGUUCUUCGAUUUGUCCGUUCGCUGUGGCAUGGACCGCUUCAAGGUUUACGCCAACGGCCAGCACCUCUUCGACUACUCCCAUCGAUUCUCGGACUUCCAGAGGGUGGACAUGGUGGAAAUCCAGGGCGAUGUGACCUUGUCCUACGUCCAGAUCUGAUCUCCUCAGGGGCCAUGACUCCCAGGGAAACAGAAAGAGUCCCAGGGUCCCUUCGAAGCCCCUAAUAAAUUGUCUGAGUAUGUCUCGUGAGUGGAC